GAGCAUUCGACGAUGCGCCUGUUGCUGGCCCGUCGCCUCUGCGCUGGCCGCCCGCCUGUCCGGAGCUUCCACGCGUCCAAGGCGACAGCCGAUGCGGUCCUCAUGGAAGACGAGUACGGCGUCAUGGAGGCGAGCAAGCAAGUCUUCCACAUGCCGGCCUACACGCUCGAGAGCGGCGAGACACUUCGCGACGUGACUGUCAACUACAAGACGUUUGGCGAGCUCAACGCCGCACGCGACAACGUGCUUGUCGUGUGCCACGCGCUCACGGGCAACGCGGCGCUCGACACGUGGUGGGGCAGCCUCCUCGGCGACGGCAAGCCCUUUGACACGGCCAAGUACCACGUCGUCUGUGCCAAUUUUCUCGGCUCGUGCUACGGCACGACCGGCCCGACGUCCAUCAACCCCUCGACGCAGCACCCGUACGGCGCGUCCUUUCCGCUCACGACGAUCCGCGACAGCGUCGGGCUGCACCUGCGCCUGGUUCGCGACGAGAUUGGCGCCAACCAGAUUGCCGCUGUCAUUGGCGGGUCGCUCGGCGGCAUGCAGGCCCUCGAGUGGGGCUUCCUCGGGAAAGGUCUCGUCCAGCGCCUUGGCGUCAUUGCGUGCGGCGCCCGCCACACGGCGUGGCAGAUUGGCAUGAGCGAAGUCCAGCGCCAAGCCAUCUACCGGGACCCGUUGUACUGUCGUGGGCACUACGACCCGUCGCGACCCCCGAAAGACGGUCUCGCGAUCGCUCGCCAAAUGGCCAUGCUCACGUAUCGCACGCACAGCGUGUACGCCGAGCGCUAUGGCCGCGAGACGCAGCCCGACGGCCGCUUCGCCGUGCAGUCGUAUCUCGACUACCAAGGCGACAAGUUUCUCUCGCGCUUCGACGCCAACGCGUACGUGGCCGUCACCAACUCGAUGGACACACACGACGUCGGACGCGGCCGCGGUGGCGUCGAGGCUGCGCUCAAGACGCUAAGCGACCUUCCCGUUUCGAUCGUCGGCAUCGACUCGGACCUCUUGUACCCGAUCUCCGAGCAGAUCGAGCUCCACGAAUGCAUCCCCAACUCGACACUGCAUGUGGUGUCGUCGCCGCACGGCCACGACGGCUUUCUCCUCGAGCAGGACGCUGUAGCCUCCGCCGUGCGUGGGCUCUUGGCCCAGUAGUGAGCCACAUCAACUGGGCGACGGCGCCGACUACCCAGCGUUCAGUCGCUGGCUUCUCGCCGCCUCGAACAAGUAGUAAACUCUUCGUCAUACAUUCUCCAUUCCGUCUUGUCCA